CUUUUAUAUGGGCGUGGCUAAUUCGACACAUGAUCUUUAUCUUUCUUCUUGAGUUUUGCUGACUUUCUCUCCUCUUUUCAUGGCGUCUAUUCCCCAAGGUCAAAGGCCUGAGCUAUUAGGUCGUGUAGAAACUGGCAAGGAUGCUGUAACUGGUGUAUUUGCUAUAGCAAACGAGGAGGCAGUCAUAUCUACCAGUGAAGACAAGACAGUUAAGGUUUGGGUUAAGCGUGACAAUGGUCAGUAUUGGCCCUCUAUUAUACAGUCAUUUGAAGCUAGUUGUUCAGCAUUAGAAUACGGUCCUGAUAGUGACGGACAUUUUGCCUUCAUCGGAUUAAGCAACGGGCAAAUUCACGAGUUCCACCUGUCAACAGAUUUGAACAGAUUUGAAAAGAAGAGAGUAUAUCAAAGUCAUUCAUCUCGUGUCACAUCAAUCAAAGUUGUACCAAAGCACAAUUGGAUCCUCUCCGCUGGGAGGGACAAGAGGUUCCAGUGGUCGUGCACAAGAACUGGACGCGACUUGGGAUCACAUGACGCCCUGGCCUGGUGUCUGGCUGUAGAAUAUGACGAGACGAGCAAGUAUGGUUUUGUUGCCGAUUACAGUGGUGUCAUAACAGUUCUAAGACUAACAGAGAGUGGCUUUGCUUCUGUAACGACUCUAAAGGGACAUACUAGUAGCGUGUGGGCUCUUGCUUACGACAGUGAGAGGAGGAUACUCUUCUCGGGAGGUUUUGAUCAGACUAUAGUGGUAUGGGACAUUGGGAGUCAGAAAGGAACUGCUUAUGAACUAACUGGGCACAAUGGUAAAAUAAGAUCUCUUGCCUACUCCACCAUUACAAGAAAGCUUAUCUCUACAUCAGAGGAUGGUAUGCUAGGCGUCUGGGACAUGGACGCUGAAAGAGAAGAGACUACAGAGUGGGGUGGCUCCAAUGUAUGCGAGAAAUGUAACGUCCCUUUCUUUUGGAAUGUCAAGGGAAUGUGGGACAAUAAGACAAUAGGAGUGAGACAGCAUCAUUGUCGCAAGUGUGGUAGAGCUAUAUGUGCUUCUUGUUCGGAUCAACUCUCGACUUAUCCGAGAAUGGGUUUCGAGAAACCAGUUCGUAUGUGCCAGGACUGUCACUCUUCACUAACAACUGACGAUCGGAGUCCAAUGGCUUCUUUUAUUAAUAUGAAAUCCAUCGUUACUUCUCUUCAUCUUGUCCAUACUCUUGGUCACAUGGUAACUGCUAGUGAAGACAAACAGAUUAAAAUUUGGGACGUUAAUCCAAUGAUGAUGAACCACUAAUAGUGCAAGAGGUCAUCAUACUGUAUCAUAUUAUUAUUAUUAUUAAUUUUGUUUGUAUUCCUUACAAUGAAUGUUUAAUGACUAUUAUAUUAUGCCUGGUGGCUGCAUGAAGACUUUAUCAAAAUAGAUUAUUAUAUUUGAUAUCUUCUUUUAAAUUAAAUAACUUAAUUCAUGAUGUA